AUGCGGGACAUGCGCGACGUGGAUGCGCGCUGCGGGGAAGACAAGAGAAAGAAGAUCGCUAACUUGCCCCUCACCACAGAUACCAAAGAGAGACCCUUCAAGUGCUUAAAAUGCAGAUCCACGUUUGUCCGUCGUGAUCUCCUCCUGCGCCACGACCGCACCGUCCACGCAAAGGAUGGCGGGGCGCCCCUCCCCAGCGAACAGAAGCGACGAACAAACACCAAGGCGGCCGACCAAGGGCCUUCAAAAGCCGCGCCCGUCGAGAGUGCGACGACGCUCGAGCGCAUCGAGGCUGACAACGAUGCGAUGCACGAGGACGAAGACCUCAACGCCGCUGCCAUGCUGAUGACCGACUUCCAUCACAAAGCAAUGGCGAGUCAGGAACCCGAGAUGAUUCCCGAGCACAACGAGCCCGUCAUAUCGCCCACAGGUCCAUCCAUGAUGGAGCCUGUCAUCCCAUACACCGCUCCAGGCCAGAACAUGCUGCCUCAGAUGCCGUGGCGAGACUCAAUGGUUCCCCAGUCAGAGCCCAAGUCCUCGCCGAACACGCACUCAGCCUUCAACAGCGCCAGCGCACUCGGCUCGCACCCUCAUCAGUUGCCACCACUAAUGGAGCGCACCAUGUCUGGUAGUGAUAGUCUCGCCCCUACUUUUUCAGCAAUGAACGGCGGCAACGGGCUGGGCACCCCCGGUGCUCUCUCGCCCUAUCCCUCCAUGAUGGGACCUGUGUCGCCCGUUGACUACCGCAAGUCGCCCGGCCCCAACCAGGCUCUGAUGAUGACCCGCGCCCCUCAGCUAGACUCGGAGGAGCAGUGCGCAAGGAUAUAUGAGAACAUCAAGCAGUAUGACAGUGAAAACGCGCUCUUGGAGACGUUCCACCUGCCUAGUCUGAACACGCUGAACCGCCUGUUGAAGACGUACUUUGAUCUGUUCCAUCACCAUCUGCCGUUCUUGCAUCCCGCCACCUUCAACCCGACUGAGGUGUCUGCCCCGCUGCUACUUGCCGUGCUAUCGAUAGGUGCCUUGUACAUCUUUGAUCAGGAUCAGGCCUACAUGCUGCACAUUGGAUCAAAGGUCCUAGUCAACCAAUUCCUUCAGAACAAGGAGAACUUCAGCUCCCGCAAAUGUCCUUUGUGGACUAUGCAGAGUACCCUGCUUAACAUGAUCUUCAGCAGCUGGAGUGGUGAUCCAAAAGGACUCGAGUGGGCUUGUUCAAUCAAGAGUCUGCUCGCCAACAUGGUUGCAGGAAACCGAUAUGAACUCAAGCUUCGCUCCGACGCCCGUGAUGGUGCUCAACCAAACCAUGAAGAAUGGGUCGUCGAUGAGCAAUGCCGCAGAACUUACUAUGCAGUCUACAUUUUCUUUGGUCUGCUAACUCUCACCUACAACCACACGCCAGCAAUGGGUUUCAACGAGUUCGACACCCUAGAGCUGCCCUCUUCGGAGUCGCUCUGGACCAUGGAGGUAUCUGACGAUGAAGCAUGGCGCGAAAGCCUGAGUGCUUCCAAGAUUAUCACGUUCCGUCAAGCACAUGACAAUCUAUUCCAAGGCGAGACUGCGCGCUACAGUGCCUUCGCCACACGCGUCAUGAUCAAUGCACUAUUCCUCGAAGUAUGGUACCACAAGCGCAGCCCUGAAGCUCUUCAGGACGUAGUCACCGAGUACAAGCUGCGUCUGGCCCUGGAGACUUGGGAGAAAUCGCUCGAAUUAUGCGAGCCGGAGACGGUCGUUGUUCAACUGAGCGCUCCACACAAGGGUCACCCACUCAUCUUUAACGCCAUGGCAUUGUACAGGAACACCAGAGCCCGACUAGUGGUCGACCUCAAGUCCAUUCAGGAAGCCCUCCGCUACCACGACUCGUACGAAGUAGCUGCUGCUAUGACGAAUGCCCGCGACAAGGUUCAGCGCUCUCCGGAAAUGAUCAAGGUCAUUCAAGAAUGCUUCGACUGUAUCGAGGUUGCUGCUGUGCAAGGCAUCCGUUGGGUCGCACGGACUUCUGCUACCAACUGGAGCAUCGAGCAUCCACUUACUGGUAUGGAUCUGAUGGUCAUCCUAACGCUGUGGCUUUACCGCCUUGAGCACGACGAAGAGCCAGCUACCGAAGAGGAGCUAGCAAUGUACAACAAAUUGCGCAACCUAUUCGAUGACGACUCGGUAGAUGUCUACGGUGCAAAGCUGAGCUCCACAGUGGCGCGACUCUGGGGAAGCAUGAUCGAUGAGGUCGUUGUUUGGGGUAUCACUAAACUCAUGGGCGAGGCCUUCAAACUACAUUCACAAGCCCUUGUUGGCUACGAAGAUGCCAUGUCGUCUCGAUCCGGGUCUGCUACGCCAUCGAUGGCUGCUGGCGGCGUCCAGGUCCUUGAGAUGCAAAUGGCCUAUUAA